AUGAGUUUUGGGUCUGAAUCACAAGGAGCUUCCACAAACGCACGCACACCACCGGUAGUGACAGCGCUAGACCAAAAACAACACUUUCAAACAGGGUACCGUCAAGUUUUCCAGUUGUUACAACAAGAUAAAGAAAAACCCACCCUCAGGAACGACCAAAGCGGACAUUUUGAAACAAGCCAAAAAAGCAUUCUACAACAAGACUCACAAACCUACGAUACAGCUUGGGCCGUUCUCCAAUACCACGAGAAGUGGAGGGAUGCCUCCUUUCCUAGCAGUACCAAAAAGAGUGCACCGUCAACAACCCCUGCACCUUCUUCUGAAGCCCACACAAACACUCAAACAGCGGCAUCUGACAAUGCUGAGGAUCCCCCUUUGAGUCUUAAUGAGAUGGCACCCCAACCUGUGGGUAUCAAACAAGCUAAACAAAAAGCCGCUGACGACCGCUUAUCCAAGAAAAAACUCAAGAUUAUGGAGAAGAAUGCGGCUGAAGGGGCAAAGCAAAGCGCCCAAUUCAAGAAAGCAAAUAAACUACAAGAGAAAACGAAUAAGAUAUCUAAACUAGAGGCCGAGUUGAAGUUGGAACAAAUGAACAUGUCAAUUAUGGAUAAGGAUCUCUCUACUCUUAUGGACCCCUACGCGAAGGAGUACUUCAUGACCAAAAAGAAAGCAAUAAUGGACGAGAUGCAAGAAAAGGAGCGGAAGAAACAGCAGCAAUCAGAAGCCGCUUUAAAUGUGAUAACCUCGAGCAAUGAUCAGUCCGAUUCCCAAUCUGCAUCCCAAUCCAAGGGUGAAGACAGCAAAUUGGAAAGCAAAGACCAUAACAGCGCCAAUGAUGAAGACACUUUGCCCUUGGAUCCACUACUUGGGGAGCUUGCUUAA